UAUUUAGGAUUUUUUUAUCACUUCUUUUAAAAAUAAAAAUGAAAUAUGCCCAAUUAGUUAUUGGCCCAGCAGGAAGUGGAAAAUCAACUUAUUGUGCAACAAUUCAAGACCAUUGCAAAACUAUUGGAAGAAAUAUUUUUGUUUUUAAUUUAGACCCUGCUGCAGAGAAUUUUGCCUAUAAUUGUGACAUUGAUAUAAGAGAAUUAAUAAGUGUUGAGGAUGUAUUGGACGAUAAAGAAAUUAAAAUGGGUCCAAACGGAGCUUUAAUAUUUUGUAUGGAAUAUUUUGUUAAAAAUUUGGAGUGGUUAAAAGAACAAUUACAAGAAGGGGAAGAUGAUUAUUUUCUUUUUGACUGUCCAGGCCAAAUAGAAUUAUAUAGCCAUUUAGAUUUAAUUCAACAAAUUAUAAUUAAAUUACAAGAAUGGGAAUUUAGUAUUUGUAAUGUUUUCAUUUUGGAUUCUAAUUUUUGUUUGGAUUCAAAUAAAUUUAUUUCUGCAAGUUUUACAGCCUUAUCUACAAUUGUAUCAUUUACAACUCCAUCAAUUAAUGUUUUGAGUAAAUUGGAUUUAUUAAAUAAAGAAGAAAAAAGUUUUGUUAAAAAUUUUUUGGAGGAUGAGGAAUUACAAAACAAUUUAAUUAAUAUUGAUGAUGGACAAGAACAAAAAGAUAAAUGGACAGAAAAAUAUUCAAAAUUAACCCAAUCAUUAUUAAUUGUUUUGAAUGAUUAUAGUUUAGUUAAAUUUUUACCUUUGGAUAUUUCUGAUGAAGAUUCUAUUCAAGAACUUUUAUCAGUUAUUGAUGUAACAAUUCAAUAUGGAGAAGAUGCUGAUGUUAAAGAUAGAUUUCCACAAUUUGCUGAUAAUUUGGAUGAUUAUUCUUAA